CGCAACGCACAGCACACACCGAUAUCACGCAGCGACGCAGUUGGACGUAGCGCAACGUCAUACAUUUCUCGUUACUUGUUUUAUUCAUCGUUAUCUCUGAAAGUGAUAUCAUUCUAAGGUAUUUCUUUCAAGUUUUCUGUGACAGUUUCCAAUAAGAAAUCAAGAAGAGACAGUCUCUCGACAGCGUUUGAUAGACGACAAUUAUCUGUCACAAGCGUUCACAAUAUACAAGGAAGAUAUGUCAUUGAAUACAGCACAUACCAACGGUGGAGUUCUUCUCCAUUCUGGCGAAUGCAUCAUUCUCUUUUGUGACAAUGUUAAUAUGGAAUUUCAUGGACAAGAGCAAGUGGAAUUUAUUGGGAAAAAGCACGGCAGAUUAUAUUUGACAACGCAUAGGAUGAUCUUCAAUGCUAAAGAUCAAAAAGAAAAAAUGCAGUCAUUCAGCUUUCCAUUUGUUACAUUGAGUGAAGUAACACUAGAACAGCCAGUUUUUGGUGCUAAUUAUAUAGGAGGCAAAUGUCGUGCUCAGCCAAAUGGUAAUUGGAUUGGAGAAUGCAAAUUUAAAUUGAGAUUUAAAAGCGGUGGAGCAGUAGAGUUUGGUCAAGCUUUACUAAGAGCCGCAGAAAUGGCUCAACGCAAUGGUCCAGCAAAUGAUGCUCCACCACCAUAUACACCUCCAUUGUCUGACUGGUAUCCGGCACAACCUUCAGCUUAUCAACCUCCUUCAACUGGAUAUUAUGGAUGGAUGCCUCCAACUAACGUAUUCCCAGAUAUUCCGCCAGGAAAUACAGUCUUUAUGACAGACAGUCCACCACCAUAUCCCGGCAUACAGCCAGGAUAUGGAUACGCAAGUGGCCCAUCACAUCAGGGUGUCGGAGCUGCAGCGGGACAACCAGGAGCUCCUGGAUGGGCCAAUCCGAAUUAUAAUAGCCAGCCAAUGUCCCAUGCAGAUGCAAAGGCUGUAGAAGCUGCACAGAGUGCAUAUUAUGAUCCUAAUAGACCUCAAUGCGCUUAUGUUCCACCACCAGAAUAUUAUGAGAGUCCACCAGCCUACACAAAGAAAUAUCAGUGAAAAUAUUUCGAAAAUAAAUUACAUAAGCGAAUUACAUAGUGCAAUAGCUAUACAUUCCAUUUUAGGCGAAUACUGUAAAUUUGAUUGCUGUCGCAUUUUUUUACAUAGCAAACUGUCAAUAACAUUUGUUACAUAGCAACUCUUGGAUCUGAAUAUGUAGAUUCAAGAUGAUGGUUGAAGGUGCACUAGAUUUUUCUCAUUAUAACUAUGCAAUGUUAAAUCACAGGUAUCACUGCAAGCAUUUGCAAUACUGCUAUUAAUGCGAGCUAUUAACAAUAAUUUCUUAAGUACAUACAUGUUAUUUUUAAAAAAUGAUGUAUUGUUGUGUUUCACACGAAUCUAUAUAAUUAUGGAAUAAAUGUUUACACUCAUGUAAA